AUGUCAAUCUACGGCUGCUUUUACCAGACUCCAGGAAAGCGUCGCGCAUCCAAGGAAUACCUUCCUCAAGUGGGGUUGGACGUGCACGCAACCCUUCUCUCAACUACUUCCCGAGCAGUACUCUCUCAGACCUUCGUGAAUUCAUCAUCCACAGAGUCUAUCACAGAAGUCUUCUAUUCGUUUCCCCUCUAUGAUGGAGCUAGUAUUGUCAAUUUUACCUGCCGUGUUGGAGCCGAAGUUAUACGGGGCAAGGUGAAGCCAAAGAAAAAGGCCGAUGAGAUUUACCAAAAAGCCAAGGCCGAAGGACAGACAGCAGCAAUAUUUGACCAAUCAAAUGAUGCCGGCGACGUUUUCAAGACUCGCGUGGGCAAUGUUCCCGCUGGUGGGAAAGUUGUCAUUGAAAUCACACUGGUGGAAGAACUGAAGCAAGAUGCCCAAACAAACGGACCACGAUAUACAGUUCCCAUGGCCAUCGCCCCACGAUAUGGUCAGCGGAAGGAUCCACCAGCUGCUACCGGUGGGACUGGCUCCAAGACAGCGAUCAAGGUUGAUAUCAUCAUGGAAAAGGGCUGCACGAUUCGUAACGUUCGCUCGCCAAGUCACCCCAUCAAUUUGCACCUGGGCCGAGCGUCCUACAUGCCGGAAUCUACAUUCGAGCCUUGCUACGCCUCAGUGGAAUUGCAGAAAAAUACUGUCAUACGCGAGGAUUUUGUUCUGACUGUCAACUCCGAUAACCAAGAUAGUCCUGUCGCCUUCCUGGAAAGGCACCCGAACCUGCCCAACCAGCAAGCGUUAAUGGUCUCUCUGGUUCCAAAAUUCAGCCUACCACCAGACCCCUCGGAGAUAGUCUUCGUGAUCGAUCGAAGUGGCAGUAUGCAAGACAAGAUUGAUACUCUAAAAUCUGCCUUGGAGGUCUUCGUAAAGUCGCUACCCCUUGGCGUGCCAUUCAAUAUUGUCUCAUUCGGCAGUUCCUACAGCACCUUAUGGCCCCGCAGCAGGAUCAGCGACAAAGAAAGUCUCUGCGAUGCGCUUGCUUUCACAAAGACUAUUGAUGCAGACAUGGGAGGGACCGAGAUUCUGGGUGCACUUGAGGCUGCAGUAGUUAAUCACUACAAAGACAAGGUCCCUGAAGUCUUGCUCCUCACUGAUGGCGAGGUCUGGAACCAAUCGGAUAUCUUUACUUUCGUGAACAAGGCUGUCCAAGAAAGCUCUGCUCGUUUCUUCAGUCUAGGCAUCGGGAAUUCAGCUUCCCACUCUCUCGUCAAUGGUAUUGCUCGCGCAGGGCGAGGCUUCUCUCAGUCAGUUCUGGACUAUGAAGAGCUAGAUAAGAAGGUUAUUAGGAUGCUCAAAGGGGCUUUAAUGCCGCGAUUGAAAGACUUCCAGUUGGAUCUAGGACUCUCUCCACUAGAGAAUGAAGGUUUCGUGGAGAUUGAACAAGAGGAGGCAAGCGAACGUCCAGUUACGAAAGCAGCCACAGAGCCGAUUUCCUUCUUCAAUGAAAGUCACGAGGAUCCAGAAAAACUUGAAGUUAUGAAACAGCCUCUGCCGAAACUACUUAUCCCGACAUUUGUUCAGGCACCGACCGAGCUUCCUCCUCUUUAUCCCUUCAUUCGGUCGACAGCUUUCAUUCUAUUCUCCAACAACAGCUCUUCUCUUCUAGAGAAGAUUGUGCUGCGUGCUAAUAGCCGCCAUGGCCCAAUGGAGCUGGAGAUCCCGGUUCAGGAUGCCAUGACGGAGCUUGAGGAAUCUCGGGGCUGGAUCCAGGAUGCAAAGACCGCUCAUGGUGAAUUGAUCAAGGAAAAAUACGAAAGUCUCAUGGACGAGCUCAUCCAAAGCGAAUGCGAAAGACUGGGGGUUCGGUUCCAGAUCGCCGGCAAGCACUGCUCCUUUGUGGCGGUUAGAGAAACAAAAUCCGACUCCCGAUCCACGACAGAAAAAGUGGAAAGCCCGGGAGAUAAAUUGCACGAUAAAGCUGAGAGUGAAAGCGACUCCGAUGAUGCGGCAGCUCACUAUACCGCUCAAUCUGCAUUUACCGCCCAUUGCUUUUCUACAGAGGAAGGGGAAGCCGAAGAAUCGGUCGAAGACUUGGACUUCGCACUUUUCGAUAACGAUACCUCCCCGCCAGUCCCCGAAGUCAAAGAUCUGUGUAAAAAGAGAGCUUGGAAGAGCGGGCGACCGACAACUGGGGGGAAAAGACACCGAAAGACUAUGAAUGCGAGCGACGUUGGAGGCUCUGAAGAAGAUGUCGCACAGUCAACAGUGCACCGACUCAUCAAGCUGCAAACAUUCGAGGGUUAUUGGGACUGGUGCGACGAAGUUCAUCAGGUUCUUGAUCUUGAUCAGGAUGCUCUGCGCACACAAUUGCUUGCUCGAUACAAGGCACUUACAUGCGAACAGACCGACAUUCUGGUUCUCUCUGAUUGGAAAGAGAUUCUUGCAACCAGCCUUGUUGGUCAUUACUUAGAGACCCGGGCCUCAGAAUCCAAAGACGUAUGGGAAUUAGUUAAGGAGAAGGCAGACAAGUGGGUGAAGGAAGCUUUGGAAGCGAUGAGCCAUGAACAUCAACAAGUCGCCAAAGAGCUGAUUGCCGAACUGAACAAUUGCUUUUGA